AUCAGUCUGAUUACAUAUAAACUUUUAGGUUUACACUUUUAAAUACGGACCGUCAAAGAAGGCGAAUACGAUUCUUCUAAAGUUCUGUCUUUGUAAAGUCUCUUCCUUUAAAACUCCAUCAUAACAUUUUGUGCAUUUGAAUCACAAAGCAAGUCGCAUCUCUUGAACUUAAACACAAUGGGUUCUGCCUCUAAUCCUCUCGUCACUUCCUCCGUCGUCGACGACUCGCCGCUUCCCUCAAACCUCACCCAAGACGAUCUCAAGAAACUCGCCGCCUACAAAGCCGUCGAGUACGUCAAAUCCGGAAUGGUCGUCGGCCUCGGCACCGGCUCCACCGCCAAACACGCCGUGGCUCGCAUCAGCGAGCUUCUCCGCCAAGGCAAGCUCCGCGACAUAAUCGGAAUCCCUACUUCAACCACGACGCACGAGCAGGCGGUUUCUCUCGGGAUACCGUUAUCCGAUCUAGACUCUCACCCCGUCGUGGAUCUAUCCAUCGACGGCGCCGACGAAGUCGAUCCCGCCCUCAAUCUCGUCAAAGGACGCGGCGGAUCGCUGCUGAGGGAGAAGAUGGUGGAGGGAGCGUCGAAGAAGUUCGUGGUGAUCGUCGACGAGUCCAAGCUCGUGAAGCAUCUCGGAGGAAGCGGGCUCGCCGUUCCCGUGGAGGUCGUGCCGUUCUGCUGCGACUUCACGAGGGGGAAGCUGGAGGAGCUUUUCAGAGAAGCGGGGUGCAAGGCGAAGCUAAGGGUUAAGAGCGGCGGAGAGACGGCGGCUGUGACGGACAACGGGAAUUUCGUGGUGGAUCUGUACUUGGAGAGAGAUAUGGGAGAUUUGGAGGCGGCGAGCGAGGCGAUAUUGAGGUUGCCCGGAGUGGUGGAGCACGGGAUGUUUCUGGGGAUCGCGACGACCUUGAUCGUCGCCGGGAAAUCCGGUGUAACCGUUAAGGAUAGGUUUGGGUAAAAGGGUAAUUUCAUCGAAACAGAUUAGGGUUUAUGGUUUGGUUUUGGUUUAAGAUGGAUCUUUGCUUCUGUAAACCCUUUGACUUAUUCUUGGUCAGUAUGUAAGAGUUUUGACUCUUGAAUUGCUUACUGUUUGGUUGGUUUUAAACAAGUUCAGAUUAAAUUGCAAAAGUGGUCCCGAACUUUCUCUA